AUGAUUGAAACUCAACUAGGUCAACUAGAUAGCACAAUCAAAAAGCAUCAAGUGCACACAAGUCUCCCACCCCAAGGUCAAGCACCACCAAAGCAAAUGUAUGCCGUAGUGACUAGGAGUGGGAAGACUUUUGUUGAUAAUGCUAGGGUAAGUGAGGCCUCAAGUUCUAGGGGGGAAGUGUCAAAGGGAGUUGAGUCUAAUGACAAUGAUAAGGUCGAAGAGGAGCCUCACGUUGAUGAUGUGAGUGAUGGUUCAAAGCCAACGAAGGCUACUCUUCUACCUCUCACUACUCCCAAACUCCCCUACCCUCAAAAGUUUUCAGGGAAAAAGUUAGAUAUUCAGUUUUCCAAGUUCCUUGAUGUGAUUAGUAAGUUGCAUGUCUCGUUAUCCCUCACCGAGGCACUCAAACAAAUGCCCCACUAUUCUAGAUUUAUGAGAGAUGUUCUUAGUGGAAAGAGAGAUUGUGAGCCCAAGGAGAACGUGCAUCUCACGGAGAGUUGUAGUGCUCUAAUCCAAAGCCCAUUUCCCCCAAAACUCAAAGAUCCUGGGAGUUUUUCAAUCGCUUGUAGCAUUUAA